AUAAAUUUCUCACAUGAAUUUGGUAUAUGUAGGUUCCAGUGUUCCACGAAGGAACGUAUAUUGGAAAAGGUCCUUUAUUUCUGCUGCUUAAGUUUCCUAGAAAACCACAUACACUAUUUGUCUUGACUUGUUUACGUUUAUCCCUCCUUUGUCAUCAAUCACUCUUCUUUCAUUACUAUAAAAACCCUCAAACUAUCAUCUUCACUUGAUAACUUCUUUUCAAUUUCAAAUAUCAUAUCUCCAUUCUUCAUUGCAUCUCUAUAUUCUAUUCUAUUUUGCAUCAAUAAUUGUUCUAUCUUAUAGCUCUCCUCUCACAUUUCACAAGCUUCCAUAACAAUGAUGAAAAUAGUGUUAAAGUUGGAAAUAAAUGAAGACAGAAUCAAGCAAAAAGCUAUGAAGGCAGUCUCUGGCCUUUCAGGGGUUGAGUCAGUUUCAGUGGAUAUGAAAGAGAAGAUAUUGACCUUAAUAAGAGAUAUUGAUCCAGUAAAAGUAGUGGCUAAGCUAAGGAAGUUUUGUCAUGCUGAAAUCGUUUCUGUUGGACCAGCUAAAGAGGAAAAGAAAAAUGAACCUAAAAAGGACGAGCCUAAAAAGAAGGAAGAUGCUAAGAAUGAUUCAACAAAAAUAAAUAUUAUUGAUCCUUUGAUGUUCUAUGGAACACAUGCUUAUUAUAAUCAUCAGAUGAGACCACAAUACAAUCCUUAUUACGGCACAGUUAGCGUUGAAGAGGAUCCUAAUAGCUGUGUCAUCAUCUAAGUUUUGUGUAUUAUGUUUCAUAAAAAGUUAAUCUGAAAAUUUAUUGAAUUUAUUUUUUUGUUUGUUUUGUAAAAGCAGCAUGAUGUAUAUAGCAUUGAUUA